AUGAUGCAGAGCUCAGCUGACGGCGAUGAGCGUCUUUCCGGUGAUGCUGCCAGUGUGACGUAUAAUCUAGUGGACGAGACGGGACGUUUUCAACAACAGCUAGUCAGCCACCUCCGUAGCUUGCUAGACGACAUAGCCAAAAGAGAAGAGGAAGGAGAGUUCAGAGUGAAAGAGGCGGAGAAUGUUACUGUGAAAGAAGAGGAGGAAGAGGAGGUUGCCGUUUUUGGAGUGAACGAGGAGGGGGAGAAAGUAGAUCUGAUUACCACCAGAGAGAGACCAGACUCUCACUCUGACAGCGGGAAGAGUCCUUCAGGGGAACCAGACCUAGAAACAUCCAAACCAGCGAGACGACAUCACUGCUCCCACUGUGGAAAGAGUUUUAGCUGGUUAGGGUACCUAAAACGGCAUGAGCGAAAACACACAGGAGAAAAGCCUUUCCAAUGUUCCCAGUGUGGAAAGAGUUUUACCUGGUUAGGGAGCCUGAAUGAGCAUAAGAGAAUACACUCUGGAGAGAAGCCUUACCACUGUUCCCAAUGUGGAAUGACUUUUACCUGGUUAGGGAGCUUGAAAACGCAUGAGAGGGGACACACAGGGGAAAAGCCUUUCCAGUGUUCCCAGUGUGGAAAAAGUUUUACCCAGUUAGGGAGCCUGAAGGAGCAUGAGAAGGUACACACAGGAGAAAAGCCUUUCCAAUGCUCCCAGUGUGGAAAGCGUUUUACCCAGUUAGGGACCCUGAAGGAGCAUGAGAAGAUACACACAGGAGAAAAGCCUUUCCAAUGCUCCCAGUGCGGAAAGAGUUUUACCCGCUUAGGGAACCUAAAAGAGCAUGAGACAACACACACACAAGAAAAGCCCUUCCAAUGCUCCCUGUGUGGAAAGAGUUUUACCAAGUUAUUGUCCCUGAAUAGGCAUGAGCGGACACACACAGGAAGGGAUAAGACCUACCACUGCUCCCUGUGUGGAAAGAUAUUUAACCGGUUAAGGCAUCUGAAUAAGCAUGAAAGGAUACAUACACAGGAGGAGAAGACAUACCACUGCUCUCAUUGUGGAAAGACAUUUUCCCAGUCAGAGGACCUGAAAUCACAUGAGAGAAUAGAGAGGCUGUGUUCUGACUUAUGUUUUUGACUGAGAAUUAGUGUUUUUGUUUAUGCCACAUUAAAUCAUAUUGUUUAUAUGAAAUCAUAAUUUAAAAAAAUAGGCCCACUUUUGUUUUAGUUUUCAUCUGGUGACAUGAUGAUGUCUAAAAUCAGAUUAAAUAUUAUACAAUGUGUAUUUUGUUUUGAUUAUGAACUUUAAUGCAUUGGAUACAAGGAUAAACCCUCCAAUGUUGUUCAUUAUAUUAUUAGGAUAUUGCUAAAUGUAAAUUAUUAUAUAGAUGAAUGGAGUUUUACAUUUCUUGAUUCUAACCUUUAAACCUCUUGAAUUUGAUAUGAUUUGGCUUUCGCGAAGUUAAUUCGAUUGAUUAUAUGAUUUGGAUAUUGCCUAAUGAAUUUGAUUACAUGAUUUAGAUAUUGCAAAAUUAAUUAGAUUACUUGAUUUAGAUAUUGAAAUGUUUUAAAUUAUUAAAUAGAUGAAUAGAAUGUGCAUUUAUUGAUUCUAACUUUGAAACGUCUAGAAUUGAGUCGUUUUGUUUCAUUGAGUUAAUUUUGUGUACUAGUCUUCAGGCGAUGCUUCUAGCGUGACGUAUAAGAGACGUUUUGACUGAUGUCACGUCUAUGCUAAUAUGGCUAAAAAUCGCUAGCUGGCGAUUGGCGCUAACCAACACCUGGAAGAACGUAUUUGAGAGACAACAAGUGCUCAUUGUGCCAAAUUUUAUAAUAAUUGUUU